ACGUCCCCAUCUCAAAGACCCAAAUCCAAUCCUAUUUGGACUUAAAACAGUGUGCUUCACAAUGGCUGCCGCUGUGUCAUCUGAGCUCUCUCUCACACAAUCCAAGCUCCUAUCUUUCUCACCCAGACCCCUUCAAAUCGCUCGUCCGACUUUGGUCUCUCUCCCCACCUCGAAACUGCAAUCUGGUCUCAAACUGCAAAAUGGGUUCGCUGCCAAAGCUUCCAUGCAUGUCACAGAGACCAAUUUGAAGCCUUCAGUUUCUGAAAAGAAGGCCAACAGCCCCAUCAUUGUCAUCGACAACUAUGACAGCUUCACCUACAAUCUCUGUCAGUAUAUGGGAGAGCUCGGAUGUCUUUUUGAAGUGUAUCGUAACGAUGAACUAACUGUUGAGGCAUUGAAAAAGAAAAACCCCAGAGGCAUCUUAAUUUCACCUGGGCCAGGUGCACCCCAAGAUUCUGGAAUAUCGUUGCAAACUGUGUUGGAGUUAGGACCCAUUGUCCCCUUAUUUGGUGUGUGUAUGGGUCUACAGUGCAUUGGGGAGGCUUUUGGAGGGAAGAUUGUUCGUUCUCCUUAUGGUGUUAUGCAUGGCAAAAGCUCCCCCGUUUAUUAUAAUGAGAAGGAGGAAGACAGCUUGUUUGCUGGACUAUCAAACCCUUUCACUGCUGGCAGGUAUCACAGUCUUGUUAUAGAAAAAGACAGUUUUCCUAGUGAAGAACUUGAGAUUACCGCCUGGACUGAGGACGGGCUGAUAAUGGCUGCUCGUCAUAAGAAAUAUAGGUACCUUCAGGGAGUUCAGUUCCAUCCUGAAAGUAUCAUAACUUUAGAAGGGAAAACCAUUGUCCGCAACUUUGUCAAACUAAUUGAGAAAAGCGAGUCUGCAACUGAGAAUUAGUUAUAGGCUUGGUUUUAUUUUUAGUGUAAUGUAAUGUAUCAAAUCAGUAGAUACAUCAUCCUCCCUCCUGUCAGGUCUCUUGUAUCGGAUCACAUGUAGUAUUUCAACUAUAUUUUCUAUCCUUAUCUUGUAUCGGCUCUUGUAUCGGAUCACAGGUUUUAUUUCAACUAUAUUAUCAAUCCUUCUCUAGUAUCGGAUCA